AUUCCCAACCAGCCAUGCUGUCCAUCGGAGCCCUGGCCAACAUCAAGCACACGCUGCAGAAGGAGCUCUUCCUGGCCUCCGGUGAACGCCUUCUUUCUGUCGUCACAGUAGUUAAGAAAAAAGACAAGAAGCCGUGCUAUCUCUGCGUUGUUACUACGGCACCCCCAGUUCCUGUGAUUACUCUCUGCCUAGUGAAGCAGUCGGAGCAGCGGGACGGCGAGUACAAGCGUAAGCGGAGCUGGCAGCUGGACGAGAUCAAGUGGGUGGACGGGAGGAACGAGCAGUUCGAGACUCACGAGUUUGAUCUGCAACUCGAGAAAGUGUAUAAAUGGUACGCCCUUAAUCUGCAUGAGCGCCAAAACUUCCUGGCGGUGCUAAACAGGCAGGUCCAGAAGAGUGUGCGUGGCCAGAGGGCCGAGUUCCGGAAUGUGCCAAGUGCUUGGCUUUCGGAGAAGUCGCCGGAAAAGGUGGCUUUGGGCAGAGCGGCCCAGAAGGCCAUACAGCACACCGACGACGAGGAAGACGAGGAGGAGGCCCAAGAGUUCACCGCCCUCACCGACAAAGAAGCCAAUGAGCUGGGGAAACUUUUCUCCGAGUGCGACUUUGCCAUCAAGGAUGCGGAACAGUUCAUCGAGCAGUUAUCCCGUGAACUGCACGACCUGGAUGGGGCAAACAUUCAAAGUGUCUUGGCAUCGGAGCAAAAGGUUUUGAAGAUGAUGGAACACAUCGACAAUGCCAUCUCUGAAGCUGACAAGUUCGAGACUCGCCUGGAUAGCUAUGAGGAUAUUCUGGGCCAUGUUAAGGAGACCAUGGAGAAAAUUGGCGGGAAGAAUGCCAUGAUCGAGAUAGCCAACAAUAACAAUAUUAAACUGAUGAAGGAACUCAACAAAGUCAUUAGCCAACUAGACUUGCCGCACAGCCAGCAGCAGGCCCUGGAUGAACCUGAUCUUAAGACAACCACUGGACGCAAGGCGGCCAUAGCUGCCGCUCAGUGUCUUCAGCAGGCUAUGAACAGCGACAUAGAUCCCGCCCUGCUUCGGUUGGAGGCAGUUCAGGAUCAGCGAAAACGUUUCGAGAAAUGGAAACAGAAGUUCUCGGCCACUGUCAGUCGAUUUAUGAACAACCUCUUUAUCCAUCUGGGCAACGAGAUCGGAGACAUGCCCGUUACAAGUACUGAGCUGACUUUGCCCAACCAUUCCAAUGUACACCGAGAACUCACGCCUUACACUGAACUGAUGCACUGGACAAAGGCCAUGGAUCGGAAAACGUACGAUGGUUUGAUGAGGGUUUACACGGCCUCGCUAAGUAAAAUCUAUGAGAGAGAUGUUAGGAAUUUCUUUAAUUUGGCUAAAAUGCAAGUCUCUGAAAAACUUCGCAGCUCGCGCGAAGAUCUGGAUAUGUCUACCUCUUCUCGAAAGUCUGCAGUGUCCACCAUCCCAUACGGCACUCUAGGCAUCAAUCGUGAACAAUGGGGACCUGGAGUGGAGAGUGCGGAUCGCAUCCGCUUUGAUGCUCUUUUGGAAAAGGUGCUAGCCGAGCUGGAACCAAUAGCCCUGCAGGAGCAGCUCUUCUGCAUUAACUUUUUCCAGAUGGAUGUGAUUAGUCCCACGACGAAGAAUACACAGACAACCCUGGAGAUGGAGAAGGCAGUGGACAUGUCGCAGUCUGUCCUGGCGGGAGCAGUUUCCCCCUCCGCAGAGGGAGUGCCUCAGAAACGGAUCGAUCGCCAGAUAAACGAGGAUGUUCGUAAGCUAAUGAUGGGUCUCUUUGGGUGUUUGGAACCCGAAUUGGUUAGCUUUAUACAAAGCUUCGAACGAGUGGAUAGUUUUUACUCUCUGUACGUUCUGGUUCGCCUCACCCAGCAUGUCAUGUCCGCCCAGGACACACAUUCCUUCCUGAGCAUGACCUUUGCUUCGGCUUUGGUUCAGGUGAAGCGUAAUUUUGAUCGCUUUAUGCAGCAACAGCUUCAGUCGAUCCGCGAAGCCAAGCUCCACAAGCGUUCCAAAGCCAUUCUGCCUUAUGUGGAGAACUUUGAGAACUUUGCCCAGACAGCGGAGGGCAUAUUCCGUAAAUCGGAUCGGCGCACUGACAUGGAGAAGUGGUACCUGCAGUUGGUUAACGCCAUCUUCGAGGGCAUUCAUCUCCACUCCCAGGAGCACCCCAAGACCCCAUCGCAGGUGGUGCGGAUGGAGAACUACCACCACAUGUAUGCACUGCUGGCCCAGCUCAAGGUACCUGGCCUGGAUGCCCUGAAAAAGGAGGCUAAAACGCGUUACACCGAGGCGUUGAAAGCUUAUGUGACUCAGUACUUCGGCCGGCCGCUCGAGAAGCUGAAUCAAUUCUUCGAGGGUGUGCAGCAGAAGGUGGCGCAGGGCGUCAAGGAGACGGAGAUCAGUUAUCAGAUGGCCUUCUCCAAGCAGGAGUUACGAAAGGUUAUAUCCCAGUAUCCGGCGAGGGAAGUGAAAAAGGGUCUGGAGAACCUAUACAAGAAGGUGGAGAAGCAUCUCAGCGAGGAGGAGAAUCUGUUACAGGUAGUGUGGCGUGCCAUGCAGGAGGAGUUCAUUGCCCAGUACAACUAUCUGGAGGAAAGAAUCCAGAAGUGCUAUGCGGGCGCCAUGAUCAAUCUAGAGUUCAAUAUCCAGGACAUACUCAACUUUUUCUCAGACAUUGCGCGGUCUCAUUGAUCACGGAAGGGGUUGUAAAGUGUCUAUGCCGACAAUUAUUUUUAAGUGCAAUAGUAUUUAAAGCGUUGUUACUUUUGAUUGGAAAAUAUAUGGCGCAAAAAUAUUUAAAA